CACUUUCAUGUCAUCCUUUUUCAUCAUGUUGGAAUUUCCAUUUCGGCUUCUCCCAGCUGCCUCCAGGACUCCUUUUUAAAAGGGGGCUGAAUCCAGCUGCUGCACACUGAGCUGCAUCUUCCGGAGCUUCUGGUCCUGCUCCGACAGCCCUCGCCUGACGGAAAGAUGAAGGUGUCUGCAGCUGCAUUGGCUCUUCUCCUCAUUUCAGCCUCCUUCUCCCAGACUUUCUCUGGUCCAGCUGGAUCUGACCUCCCAAUCUGCUGUGUCAAAUAUACACAGCACAAGCUCCCAUGGAAGCGCAUCCAGCGUCAUUAUAUCACCAGCAGCAGUUGUCCCCUGACGGCUGUCGUGUUUGUCACAAAGGAAGGCCGCCAGGUCUGUGCCAAUCCCGAAAACACCUGGGUCCAAAGACACCUGCAAAUCUUGGAGCAGAACUGAGCCAAGCAGGAGAGCAUGUGCAGCUGCUAUCAUGGACAAGUCAUGUUAUCCCGAGCUCCAGCCAUGGAGCAGGACCCUGGGACAACAGGAGCUGCAGGAGCAUCUGCAGGUGUCCCCAAGGGAGUGCUGGAAGGACACCUUGUGUUCGGAGCUGCUGCUUAUCCUUGGCUUGCACGGACCAGGCCAACAGCCUCAUCCCUCUGCCCCGACCCCAGGCCCAUGGGACUGCGCCUCGGCUGCUGUAUUAUUUGAAGUUAUUUAAGAAAUUAUCAUAUGGGGCAGUCAGUCCUUUUUUCCCUGUGGAUAAUGAUAUUAUUUAUAGGGGGGUGACAGGGAGGGCUAUUUAUAGGAGGGUGACCCAGUGUUGGAUGACAGGGGACCCUGGUUUAUACACAUGAACUCAUGAU